AUGAAGCUUCUCCAUUUUGUUUCAUUUUUCAUCAUAGGAUUGAUCACCUAUGUUACAGCCAGCAAUAAAGUUCCACAAGUUGCUGCCAUACAAGAUACUAAAUUUGAAAUUACAGAAUACUGGGAAGACAUAAUCUAUUCUACUUUAGAUGAUGAACAAAUUAAAGUAUUGGAAGAAUUGUUCCAUCCACCUGUUGAUUAUUUAUCAAAGAGAGAUGCUGUUCAAAAUACAGUUGCUGAAAUAUUAGUCAUGGUGAAUCAAUCUGGAGUUAUUUGGAAUGUACUUGAUGAGAUUGCAGGUCAUCCAGAUAGAAUUCAAACUCUUGCUAAUUUUACAGCAGGUAUUAUUGGAUCUAUUAAUAUUUCGAAUAUUGAUUUUUCGGCACUUUAUUCUACAGCUAGCUCGUACAAUGCUACGGGUCUUCUUAAAGAAGUUGAAAAGUCAGGAUUAAUAACAUCACUCUUGGAUGGAAUAUUGCUAGAUGCUAGUUAUCGUCCAGUAUUAGUAGAUUUGAUUUACAGAAUUGUCAUAUCUCAAAAGAAUACACUUUUAUAUAUUAUUAAAGGUGUUUUCCAUAAGAGAGACUUAUCCGUAUCUCAGCUCACACAGGACGAGUUUUCCGAUUUAGUUAAGAGAGCUAGUGAUGAAUUUUCUGGAAGUAUAACUUCCUUUAUAGGUAAUCUUGCUGAACAAGUCCUCGGUUCACAAAUCUUUGUCAAUGCUACUGGAGAUGUCCUUGAUGCAUUAAAUGACACCCAAUUUUUAACUUAUACAGUCAAGAGAUUUAUUGCAGAUGAAGCUUAUCAAAACAUGACUGCAUUGUUGAUUCAUGAUAUCAUGGCAACUGGAGCAAUAAAUAUUCAAGGAGCUUUAGCCAGUUUAAAAAAUCUUAAUGUUACAGCCCUUGUAGCUGUCGCUGUAAGUCAACCCAAAGUCGUUUCAGCAUUUAUUGGAAAUUUAUUAUCCAGUGGUAGCAAUCUUAGUCCAGAAAUUACUAGUUCAUUGGGUAAGUAUGCUGGAGCAGUUAAACAAAUUAUUUUAGGUUUAGAAUCUAAGGGUCUUUUUGCUCAAUUAAAUACUUAUAUCUUUUCAAGUUCAUAUUCACCACCUUCAGCUACUGCUACUCCUACAACUACGUCUGUUGGAAAUUCUACAAAUGUAAAUAAAGCCGCUGAAGUUUCAACAACCUUAGCUUCAUCAUUUAUUGGAAGCUCAACAGGUUCUGGAUCACCAACAACUUCAUCAUCUUCAGGCUUAGCUGUUGCUACUAACAACUAUAACGUUCCAGUGAUAAAAGCCCUCUUCUACAUACAAUCACUCAUUUUUGGAGGAGCAUUCCUCAUGAUUUAA